AUGCUGUCCUGCAUUCAUCUUUGCCUCUCUGCUCCUCUGCCCGCUGCCCUCAACAGCUCAUGUAGCUUUGCAGAAAAGGCGUUUCGGGUUCAGGAAGCUGGUGCACUCGCUGCCAUCAUCUAUGACAACGAUCCACACAAUGACGGGCACUGGAUUGACAUGAUUGUGGAGAGCCUGGACUACAUUGUCGAGAUUCCAACGCUGUUUAUCCUGGGCGUUGAUGGAUAUCGUUUGCAAAUGGCACUUGGCCUCAACGGCAUGCCUAUCGAUAUGACCAUCCCCGUCAACGCCAGUACCGUGGCACGCCAUGGCAAGAUGAUGAAGUUUGUGGGUUUGGUUGUGCUUCUGGCACUCGCCGUGGCCGUCGAAGGCAAGCAUCAUUGCUCGUGCUACCUUGAGUGCUGCCGCUCCAACGAUUACUACGACUGCAACACCGGUUGGGCCACGCUUGACAACUACACCUGCAACAGCCAGUGCACCAUGUCAACCUGCAACAAGUUUGCCGACAGUCUGUGCUCUCAGAUCUAUUCCUACAGCGAUGAUGAUAUCAAUCCCAUCACCUCGACCUAUGUGUACGAGUCUGGCUGCAACGAUCUUGAUGGCCUCGGUGCUGCCAUUAUUGCCGCCAUCGUCAUUGGCUGCAUCUUCGUCUUCUGCGCCCCCAUUGUGAUUUGCUUCUGCUGCGGCCUGGCCUGCUUUGCUGCCUCGCGCCCUCGCUACGUGGCGGCCAACGCCAACCCCAGUGACGUUGACGACAACGGUACAACGCCCCUUUACUAUGCUGCCCAAGUGGACAUGGAGGACGAGGAUGGCAUGGUACCCGUAGGCUUGGCCUCAGCCAACGGCCAUGUGGCCUGUGAAAAGUACAUUCUUGAUGCCCUCAAUCGCCGCCGGCAAGGCAUCAAAGAAGCCGAAUACCUCGCUAAGCGAGCCCCGCAGAAACACAACCCCACCGGUCGCCAAACCCCCGACCACCACACCAAAGCUGAGAUUCAGCGCCAGGAACAGGAGGUUCUAAAAGCUCUCGACGAUCUUCAACUUAGCGCGGGCCAGUUGAGUUUGGAGCCUGUGGUGGCCAAACCCAAAUCAGAGCGCCGUACAGCCCUCUCUCCUCGCCCCAUGGUGUCUCAGCUGAACCGCAUGUAG